UCUCAAGUCAAAGUCAUUAUAGAUUCGGCAUAAUAUACCCUCUUUCAUCACAUCUACUUCAUCCAUCCUGAUCUACUGCAUCAGAGUACUACAUUGUCAGCCUUCACAACAUGGCUCCAUCAAUUAGUGAAUUCCCGCACAGUGUCUCCUCGGCCCAGCCUUCCGUCUGUAAAGUCGGCAUCAACGGAUUCGGCCGUAUAGGCCGAAACGUCCUACGUGCAGCUUUAAACAGAAGGGACCUACAGAUCGUUGCCAUCAAUCACACCUGCACCUCCGUCAAAGACCUCAUCUACCUGGUUCGAUAUGACUCCUGCAUGGGCAAACUGCCUGACGAUAUCCCCAUCCAUGCUUUAUCUGACAACUUAAUCACCAUCAACGGCCACCAAAUUGCCCUUACCUCCGAGCGCGACUUGCAAAAGCUCAACUGGAGCGCCCUCGGUGUUGAAUAUGUCGUGGAAUGCACCGGCAAGUUCACGAAACGCGACCUAGCAAUGCAGCACAUUACCCACGGUAACGCCCGCCGCGUCGUCAUAUCCGCCCCCAGCUCCGAUUCCCCAACCUACGUUUAUGGCGUCAACUCUAAUAAGUAUACGGCCGAUGAAGAUCGGCGGGUGGUGUCGUGUGCGAGCUGCACGACGAACUGUGUAACACCUGUGUUGAAGGUUCUAAAUGAACAGUUUGGAAUUGAGCAGGGAUUCCUGACCACGGUCCACGCGGCUACCCAGUCACAGCAGGUUCUGGACGGGUAUAGCAAGAAGAAUCGUCGACUAGGCCGCAGUGUCUUUGACAAUAUCAUUCCGACCACUACCGGCGCCGCAAAGGCGAUCGCUACUGUCCUUCCUGAGCUAACAGGAAGGGUAACUGGAGUGUCAAUCCGUGUUCCAGCACCCAACGUCUCCAUGAUUGACUUGACAGUCAGCACAGAGCAGCCCACAUCCCUAGCUGAGAUUCUAGCUGCGUUCCGUCGCGCAUCUAAAUCUAAUCUUGCGGGAGUUCUUCAUGUCGCCGAUGACGAGCUGGUCAGCAGCGACUACAAGGGAAACCCACAUAGUGCAAUCGUGGAUGCGGCGGCAUGUAUGGAAUUAAACCCUCAGUUCUUCAAAAUAAUGGCCUGGUAUGAUAACGAAUGGGGCUAUUCAAACCGACUCUUGGAUUUGACGGCACAUGUGUCUCUUCAGGAGCAAUAGGUGUUGGACAUAUU